AUGCCGCCAGAGUGUCAGCAACCCAAACUUUAUCGGGUGUGGCACCGCCCGCACGGCAGUUCUCAUGAAAAGCCUCCGAAUGCAAGAGAGUCUCAGGACCAGCAGGGACAAACCCAACAGCCGGGGGCGGAAACCGAGCCCUUCUGCCCAGCUGAUCCUGGCAAAACGGGGACCCUUGCUAAGUGGCAAGCCGCCAAUGUGGCCGACCAAGAGACGAAAAACGAACUUCAGAAGCCUCGAGAGAGCAGCCAACGCAGCAGCGUAUUGAGAGAAAGCCACAGGCUGAGCGUUCGAUUCUCGCCGACCGUCUGUCUAGCGUCUGCGACGUCGGCAGCUCGAACGUCCGAUGUACCUGGAGGCAAUCUUAGUCACAGCCAGAAGCUGCAUUGCAAUGAAGGUAUUUCAAAUCGGAAUUCCAAGGAGGAAAGGUGCCGUCUCGCUAAGACCAAGUGGAGCCCUUGGAGAGACACAAGCAGUCUUGCAGACGCCCAGCAUGACCCCUUGCUGGAAAUGAACAGCCCAAGCAGAAGCCCCGGAUGCCCAGAAGGCAACAACAUGAGCGACACACUAGAGCUUGCAACUAGCCAGAAAGGCAUUAAGUUUUCUGUAUCCGAGACAGAAGUCGUCAUAGAAGUGCCUUGGUCAGGGGUGGCCUGGGGGGAAGCAAGUCUAAAAAACGAGGGCAAUGCUGCUUUCUUCUUCUCACUGCGACGUCAGAAGCACGAGCAGGGGUAUCAACAAAUCCAAGGCUUACCGGGCUUCAACAUGAGCGGGAACGACGCAGAUACGGGUUUCUGUGCAUGGCCUCUUCACGGCGUUGUUCUACCCGGGGAGGCAGAGACUUUACACUUUGGCUACCACUUUAAUAGACGCAGUGGACUGCAGUACUGUGACUGGGAGCUGUACGUGACAUUGAGUAAUGGAGCUGCGAAGUCGGCUAGAGUCUCACCACCACAGGCGUCAGAAGCGGCAUAUACAACCAGGAUUUCCAUCAUCGCCCUCGUUUCUGCUUCCCCCAUCCCUCUAGAAGGACUAUGGCACCAAUGCAGCAGGGCCAGCAGGUGGCAAGCACUUGCUGCAGCAGAAGAUGUUGUGCAGCUGCUGUUGGAGGAAACACACCUCUACACAACAAAACCGAAAGAAGUUCCUUCCUGUAUGGAUGACCCGCUGGCAAGAGCCACUUUAUUCGGUAUCGCGAACGCGCCUCUAGGCAUUACAGCACCGCCAGACGUAGUAGAUGCCUUCUUGCUGCUGCAACACCAAAUAAGCGGCCUACUAGAUUGCGAAGGGCAACAACUAGAACUUCUCCAGAGAAGCUUUAGCGCUCGUCAUGAUGAAAAGAAAAGUACAGGAUCGAAGGACACAGACGAGCAGGCUACUGGGGAAGCAGAAUCACAGGAGGAAGAAACAUUAACCGAAGUUCCUACAGCUGGCUCGCUUUCAGAUGCUCUGGCAGCGGCCAAAGCGGAUAUGAGAGCAUUUAGCGUGGAUUUGCUGCAGAAACAAAUACUGCAACUGUCCCCCGAGGAGCAGGAGAAAAGCCAGGAUUGCUUUUGGGCCCUCCGGAAGCUUCUUAUGGAGUGCGACGACUCCCAGCCCGCGCCUCAAGACCCAGUAGAAUGGCUUGACCGUUCCCCCUUCCAACUGUUGCAGGAAGGGCAAGAAGUUGUCAAUGCGGCAGAAGAGGCCCUCUGUGCCUCACUGAGUCACGCGUUGGAAAUGUUCCCUUCAGUGUUUUCUGAGGCCCUGGAGAUGACUGGACUUACUGGCGUAGAAUCCGAAGAAAAGGGACGUCAGGGACAGCGAAGCUCCAGACGACAGGUGAACAAGGGCCGACACGACAGUAAAGUGUCCGAAGAUCCUAGCGGAAGCUCGACGGCAGCUGCAGCAGCUGUAGCUGCAGCAGCAGCAGCUAUUUCUGCAAAUGGUAUCGUACCCGAAGAAGAAGGUCCGCGAACGCGGCAGCACGUUGCGGAGCAACUACUGCAGUGGCUGCUAAGCGAGGCAGUCGCAGCAGCAGAGCCACAGUUGAUGCUGCAAGCGGCAGAGAAAACAGCAGCGUGGGGAGGGGCAAAUGCUGAAGCAGCCCGGCUGCGAUUGCAGAAGCAGCCGGCAUGUGAAAGCCUCGAGUUGCAGCUCCAACGAACACCGCUACCGUCAUGUUUAGACCGUCGCGUACUUCGCAUGGCCGAGUACCUUUCUAGAAAACAAGCACCAACUGUCAAAGAAUGUACGCGGGCAGUUGUGCUCUUCGAUGGGAAGACUACAGAGGAUUUGCUAUCUUUGCUGCAGCAGCAGCCGGAUGCUGAAAAACAAAUCUGGAUGCAGCAGCUGCUGCAGGACCGCCUAGGGUACCUUGGGGAUCUGUUGCCGCAGGCAGGUGAAGGCGUAUUGUUGUGCCUCGAGAUAUCUCCGCAACAGCAGCAGAAGCUGCAGUUGCAACACCCGCUACUUUUGCAGCAGCUGAUGCAGGAAUUAGUGGAAGAAUCGCUGCUUCCAGCGGUGCUUGGAGAUGAUCCGCAGCAGUACCAAGUGCCUGUCGCCUGCCUCGAUACUGCGGAAGAGAUUGCGUCUUUUGUGGAAUCAGCAGCAGCAAAAAAGGGAAUAGGCGUAGCUGAUGACAGCCUAGGGUCUGGUGAAGGAAUUGGGCAAGACGACGAUAACGAAGACUUUGAAGACGCUCCUUCUCUUCUAGUUGUCCCGUCUUGGCAGCAGUUCUUCUCUGCCGCCACCAAAAAGCUUGAGGACCUCCAGCGUGAGGCGGUGUUGGGGGCCUCGGAGAUAGCCUUAGCAGGCGCCCAAAAGGAAGACAGUGAAGACGCAGCUGCGCCAACCGAAGCUGGAAGGAGUAACUAUCUAUCGGCGCAACGGCAGCUCUCCAAGCUCUCGGAAUUGUUAGAUAUUGACUUCGUUGCUCUCGACUCCCCGUGUUAUGUCUAUAGAACAGCAGAAGAAUCAACACAAGAGGCGGGGGAAGUUGCUUUAAAAGACCCACAAAUAGUUGCUGCAGCCGCGGCUGCAGAGACAGCGAGCAGCCCCUGGUUGCUGCAGGGCCCAACAAUCAGGGCCCUGGGACCCUAUGUGGUGGCGUACUUACGAGCAGCCUGUUUGCUGCUAGGGAUUGAUCCUGCUGCACUGCAGCAGCGCGCAGCAGAAGCUGUUGUAGAUUGGCGGGAAGAACGACAUAGGAGACAAUCGUUAGAUGCUGCAGCGGCUUCAGCGAAGAGGCAAAUGCAGCGGCAUUUGGAGUGUUUAUGCACGGAUAAUAGGAGUUGCUGCUGCUCCAACAGAACUGCUGCACUGAGAGAGGCGACUGAAAACAGCAGUUGCACAUUGACGCCAGAGAGUAUGAAUGAUGCAGAACCGCCUGUUGCUCCUGUCAUCGGUGCAGGAGAACAACAAGCCAAGCACACUGCCACCGCUGUGCUUUGCGCGUACUGGGACAGAAUCGUGCCCAGCGGGCCAGGAACUACUGCACUUGAAGAGGCUGUUGCCGAGGAGCCGUUGUUCAAGUGGGCCUCUCUUCAGCUACAGAAGUUGAGAAUGCUUGUGUCCGGAACAAUCGUAUCCAAUAUACUCCUGGCAGGAGAUCUGAUAAGCCUCAUUUGCGGUUUAGCCCUAAACGGUGAUGUGGUACUGGAAGUGAACGCCCAGGAAACUCCAGGACAAGAGGAAGUCGUGCUGAGUCCACAGCAAGAAGCAGAUGCAGCAGCAGCUGCUGCUGCUGCCACAGCAGCGGCAGGAGCGGGAGGCGCCCCUACCGCUGAAACAGGCUUACCAAGGGGUUGGCUAAGGCUUUGCAGGGCAGCAGCUGAAGAAAGCCCUAAACCUAACACCAGUGGCGUGACACAGAGAAGCUGCAGCAUUCAUCCGCGGGUCUAUAACCUGCGGCAGGUUCGCAAUUUUGUGCAGACGCAGCUUCGGACCAUCUUGGAAAUAGCGAAGGAGCGAGAAGUGGCUAUCCAACUCCCUACUGAGGUGCUCCUCCAAGUAGACCCGCAACCCGCUGCUCUGGCUACAGCAGCACCAGCUGCUACUGCUGAGGCUGCCCCACGUGGGCGUAGAACAAGCGACGGCGCUGGGGGGAACCAGCGGAACAACACUAAGAAGCCGCGGAGCGCUGCUAAGGUAGAAUCUCUCGAGGGGCAUGCAGAGGAUGCAGGAGCAGGAGACGCGGCGGGAGCGCCGCCAGCUGAAGAGGAAAAGCAACAGCCCGUGCUGGCGGUUUGCCAUUUACCCCCAGCAGACCUUCUGUGGAAGGUCGUCCUCGCGGAAGGCAACGAUCCACGUGCAUCCCCUGACGAGGAGACGAACAACAACACAGCAACAAGGCGGCGCUCGGAAGAGGGGAUGGAACCUUCAAAGGCUUGUGGGACAUACGCCGCUCUGACCCAACAGGCUGUUGAGAACGCCGUUGCUUGCUUUGGAGGCCCUUCGCAUGUUUUAUGGCUGGGGGACAAACUAAACAGGGAAACGGAGGGCACGCAGAACCUACUAGACGCAGCUGGACUCCCGGAUGCAACAGUGAUAAUGGUAGAAAGUCUUAUGAAGGCCAAAAACUUGCUGGAGAAUAGCUUUUCGAGCCCAGAUGAUGACUUUGGGUAUCGGGCGCCAAGCGCAGAUUCCGUGCUUCUUGAGUCUUCUUCGUCCUUCGAUGCAUCAUCGAGCCAAAUUAGCAUGAUGAGUGACAGCGAUGCUAGGAGGAUAAGCAUGAGCAAUGCUCAAGAAAAAUUAGGGACAGAGCAUCUUCUACUUUUCGGCUCCAUUGCGCGGAACAGUUGGGCCUUUACCGAUAAAGGCACUGCGAAGGUUGAAGCUUUUCUGGAUGAGGAGCCUCUGCUCCAAAUGCUUCAAGGAAGAAGAGUCAAGGAUAUACUCUUAGCGGAUAACAUGUUCAUGGGGCAAGGAAAUGAAGAGAAUUGCACGGGAGCGCGAACAAAGGUGCAGACCGUUUAUAACUUCCAGUUGAAGCGGCAAGACUCAUCCUGA